CCCCAGCAGGUAGGUAAAAAAUGGGAGUUCACAAGCUAUGCCUCUCACGUCAACUUGACGGACGUUACCCGACUCAGCUUCUUCGAGAAGUUCAUCCAUCAGUAACUGUGAACCUAAAUUUAUUUGGGUAAGAAACUAGUGUGAACCUAAUUUGAUUGUUUGAAAACCAGUCUCUCUCUCUCUCGGGAGCAGCUAAUGGCGAAGGACCAACAAUCAAUACCUCGGCCAUGGAUCCUCGAAGCUGUUCCUCUCUUGGUCGUUGUUUUAAUCGCCGCUCACGUCAUCUCUUUGGUUUACUGGAUAUACCGGCUAGCCACUGAAAGACAACCUCAGCGAAGGAAGGCGCAUUAGUAACGCAGCAUGUGUAGUUAUGGGGAAGGUGAAUGAAUUCUUUCAACUGCCCCUCUUGCCUUUUAGGAGCUGCUUUUGACCAUCAAGAUGUCUGGUGUAGCCACUUUGGUGUGAUUGAUCAACUAUCUUUGGUUGCCUAUAAAUCUUGUCUCAUGCCUAGGCAAAGAUGUCAUAUCAAAUGGGUUGAUGACUUCGUUCAAACAGAGAACCGCCCUGAGUCAUGUUCACUAUAAGACCGAUCUGAUUGCAAAAAACUUGUUACCAUUAAGUUGGGAUAAGGUUGAGUUUGAUGUUGUUGUUGUUGAAAAUUGGCACCCCUGCAAGUUUCUUCUCUGUGAAUCUAUGAGAGGAUGAGGAUACAAACUCAGUCACUACACUCUUUGCUUCGGCCAUUGAUGCAAAGAAAACAACAAGCAAUUGCCCACAAAACCCUAAAAAAUUUGAUCUCAAGAACGCUGUUUGAGAGAAAAUCGAUAGCCUUGCUCCGGAGAAAAAUCAAUCCACAAGAGAUUGAUCCAACAACCAAUCAAUCUUAACAAAGUAACUAUCAAAAGAGAUCAGUCGAUCUCCCAAAAACCUAACAAAGCCGAUCCAUAAAAUACCUGGCCAAAGUCGAUUUUCCAUAGUUACCUGAAAAAAAUUGAUUUUUUCAAAACCCUGACAAAAUCGAUUUCUCCAAAAGAUUGAACUUUGGACUUCAAUCUCUAAUCCAUAAAUCAGUAGUCAUAGAUGAGACAUAGUUCUUAAAGCUGGUCAUGAACUAGUCCUUAGAAUUCACACAAAAAAAAAAAAAAAAAAAUGGGUGAUGCGCCCCUUUAAAGAGAAAUCGAAAGAAACUUCAAAACACGUUUCUUGAUGGUCACUCACUCUUGAUGGAAGAAGGAACUUGUGUGGAUGAAAACCUGUAAUAAUUGUAUCAGUCCCUGAGGAUCAUGCUUUGAUACCAUGUAAAGAAGAGGGAAAAGAGUGAAGAGAGAUGGCUGUAACCUUUGGGAGUCAAAACCUUACAUUGAGACUUCCACUUCAUUCAAUAUAAACAAUAACUCAUAACCCUACCACUUUAUUCAAUAUAAAUAAUAAGACAUAACCCCUACAAGAGCAUAAAAGGAACUACACUAGCAAUAAGACAAAAGACAACCAAAAAGAAAGGGAGAGAGAAUCUCUAUUGCUAAUCGAUAGACUCUCUCUCCCUCCCCCUCACUCGACACUUCUAACAUUGUUGUUGUUGUCCAUGUCAUGAUAUAUUCAUCAGGUCAGUUUCAGUAAAAAAAAAAAAAAAAGAUUUUGAUAUGUGGAGAUAUGAACCUGAAUAUAGUUGAGAAGUUACCCUUGAACACUAUAGGUCAAUGGUCGAAUAAUGGGAAAAGUAAGGGUGUCAACCGGUUUAGUAUUCGGUAUGGUCCAGUAGGCCAAUAGUCAAUACUGAAACAGUACCAUACCGAGAAAAAUGCCUACAUUUCAAUACCAAUACUGUACUGGCUCGGUACGAAUACGGUUUCAGUACAAUAUUUUUUCCAUGUUUUUGCCUUAUAUAUAUUCGGUAAUUCAGUAUUUCAGUAUGGUUUCAGUAUUCCGGCACGGUUUGGUACAUAUAGAACGGUUUUGUCUUAAAAACCAAUAUUUUACCGAACCGUGGAAGAGACCAUUUUGUCAUACCGAAACCGUACCGAGUCUCCUUUGGUAUGGUAAUUCGAUAUAGUUUCGGUGAUAGUAUAUGGUAUAAUUACCGAAUUGACACCCUUAAGGGAAAGUUCUACACGUACUGUGCCCUGAAACUUGUAAGUUGUAAUAUGACUAAUCCCAAGGGUUACCUAUCUAUCAGGUGUUGGUUUUGAGAUGAAACCCCACAUGAUUACCCUUGGAUUUAACCGUAUUUCCCAUGAGUUCAUUAAAGCAAGAGCACAAAAUAUUGAGAAAUGAUUUGUCCGUGAAAUAGAAGUAAAUAAAUGCCUAUUUUCAAUUUUAUAUUUAUACUAAUUUCUAUUUCUUAGAAACAAGCCCCAACAACUAUACCAAACAUCGACAGAAAUAGAAAUGGGUCCCAAAAAUAAAAGUAGAAUUCAUACCAAAGGCAGCCUAAGCAUAAAUUAUUUUGGGAUAUGAUUUCAAAGGUUGUUAACUGAUUUUUGCAGAGAAAAGUUGAGUUGGUUGAAUUAUGUGGUUUUGAGGAUGUCUAAAGUCUUCUUCAUAUCUGGUUGUUUUCUAUACAUACACUCUGCGCCUUUUGGCCUUAUAUGGUUAUUAUAGAAUGUUUUCCAUUUCUUCUUACUUUUGGUUGUGGCUUACCUGUACAAAUAAAAUUUCUUCUAUAUCUCAGGGAAAAAAAAAAAAGAGUGAAAAUGCUAGUGAUGAGCCUUACAGUUAUAAGUUCAAGAACCUAGGGGAUCAUCUUCAAGAACAUAGAGUUUAUUCUAGGAUUGAAAAUCAGGGUCAAGUUCAGGAAUUAAGGGUUAAAUAUAGUGAGGGAUCUAACCUGUACUUAAUGCAAUAAUUGCAUCGCAUUAUCUUGAGCAAGUAUUAGAUGGCAUUACAACAUAUGAAAUUACCAUGCUAGGUGUUGUGAGAGAACACUACAGCAUAAUAGCUUCAAAGAGAUUAAUUCGGAGAUUUUCUAUUUCAUUAUUCUUACUUUCUUUAGAAUACUUACUAUCUCACAAAAUCCCGCCAUUUUGGUCAGACUCUUAGAAGAAUUAAUACUGACCUCCUGAAGCAUGAUAACUACCAAGCACUUAUUUCUCCAAUUUUUUUGGAUUCCAGUAGCAUUUUGAGGUGCAGGUAGCAACAUCACCUCUCAGGUCACAGCUUUCUUCAAUUUUGGCAUUCUUGAAGGCUGCUAUGCUGAAAAUCCUAGAAAAAUCUCUCCUAUUCUGAAAAAUCUUGAUUGAAUGAAGAUCUUUGCUUUCAGAAAUGGAAGCCAAAAAGAAUGCACACAUGUCUAGUCCCAAAAUGGCAAAGGGAAAGAUUAAACAGAGAUUCGUAGUUGGGUCCAUAGCAUUACUUGUGGACCCUAGGCUUUUUAGCAUUACCGCUUGUUAGAAGGCUUUCAUGAGAAGAGAAGGAGUCUUGUGGAUUGUGCGGGCUCCUCCCUUGCUAUUUUCCUAGUCUAACUAGGAAAGUUUGUUAUGUUAGGAGUUAGCUGUCCUAGUCCAACUAGGAGAGUCCCAUUUCAGCUAGGACUGAUUAGUUAGUCAGUUUCCUAUUAUGUUUUGAUGUUUCUAUUCCUGCUAGGACUGCUGUAAUACUUGUAAUAGUGAUGCGGAUCCGGGUUCCCAAAAUAAGGAAUUGGAUCACUUAGGGCCCACCAGAAUGACUAAGAAGCUCAAUGUAAUGGUUGAGGGGUAUUCUUGUAAUUUCAGAAACAAUUUUAAGAGCUUAAGAGAGGAAAAUAAAUAGUAGGGUCAAACUGAAAUAUAAAAGUAGAAGAGGAGGGGUAAUGUGUAAUUGUUAAAGUGAGGGGGAGGAAUAAUAGAACACAAUUUCAGGACAGGGGCUUUCAUGUAAUAAUAGGGAAUAAACUCUUUUAAAACAAAAGGAAAAAAAAAAAACCUGUUUCUUCUUCUUCUUAUCGUGAGAACCAAAAACCAGCGGAACAGAAAAAAAAACUCCGAUAGAUCGGACUCCUUCGAUAGAGCUUGGUUUGACCUGAGCUUCGAAACGAAGGCUGCCAGCCUUAGGGUCUCUUGACUCCGACAAAUAAACACUUCAAACGAGAAGUAAGAGGAGCUGUAUUGUCCCUGCAACUCAGCUCUGGCGGUAAUAGGGAACCAGAUCUGAACGUGGUCUUGAACCUCUUGAUAGAACGACCCUCUGAAGACGAGAUUCUAGGGCUAGGGUCGCCUAGGGAAGGAGAACCCUCCACCAAAAUCUCAGUCCAAGCAGAUCAAGAAUGAGGGAGAUCGAUCCCUUUGUUUGGGACUGCAACUACCGCCCAGAAACAGAGAAAAGAAUACAAACCAGAAAAGGAAGAGAAAAGUAGAAGAAGAAAAUAGAAAGAGAAGAAAGGAGAAAA